AUGGAGUUGGAUGAUGAAGCAAAAAAUGUGUUAGUUGUCAAUACACCGCUGAAACUUUUUCAGUACCAGCGUCUACCUUUUGGUAUUGCCAGCGCACCUGCGUUAUUUCAGAAGUAUUUAGAACAACUUAUACAUGGUACAGAAGGGCGUGGAAAUUACAUUGAUGAUAUCAUAAUCGCUGCUGAAACGGUUGACAUACAUCUUAAACGGCUGGAGGAAAUAUUAUCACUUUUAGCUGAAAAUGGCAUUCGUUGCAGGCGAACGAAAUGUGAGUUUUUGGUGGAAAAAUUGGAAUAUUUAGGCAGAACCAUCAGUGCAAGUGGUAUUUUACCUGAUGAGAAGGGUGUUCAGGCUGUAAAGCAGUUACCGCGGCCGAAAAACGUAAAAGAAGUCGAAGCGUUUCUUGGUAAAGUAAACUACUAUCAUAACUUCAUUCCAAAUUUUUCACAAUUGGCUGCGCCUAUCAAUCACUUACGUAGAAAAGAUAUCAAAUUUGUUUGGAGCAUCGAUCAAGAGCAAGCUUUUGCAGUUUUAAAGCGACACAUAAUAGAAGCAACUGAGUUGUCACAUUUUCAAGAACAUUUGCUUAUCGUUCUUGCUACUGAUGCAUCAUCUUAUGGUAUUGGAGCUGUCAUUGCUCAUCGACAUCCGGAUGGCUCGGAACGACCUAUUGCAUUUGCUUCAAAAACACUUAACACUCAUCAAGUUCGUUAUAGUCAAAUCGAAAAAGAAGCACUUUCGAUUAUUUUUGGAGUUACACGAUUUCAUCAGUAUUUAUUUGGGCAUAAAUUUAUUUUGGUCAUGGAUCAUAAGCCUUUAUAUCGUAGAACUGCAGAUCACUCAAAUGCUGAUGCCUUAUCACGUUUGCCUUGUGGACCAGAUCCUGAGUUCGACAAGUUUGAAUAUUGUCAUCAAAUAGAAAAUUACGAUACACCUAUCAAUGUCAAAUUACUACAGCAGCAUUACAAAGACGAUCGCGUACUUAACCGAUUUAAAACCUUCAUUUUGGAAGGAUGGCCGUCGAAAUUGAGCAGUUGUGAAAUGGACUUACUUCCUUUUUUUCGUCGUCAGUAUGCGUUCAUUAUUCAAAAUAACUUAGUUUAUUUGCAGUCGGACGUUACUCGAGUCGUAGUUAAUAACUUUUUGCACCAGUCACUCUUAAAACUUCUUCAUGAAGGCCAUUGGGGCGUCGUUAAGAUGAAGCAGCUUGCUAGACAGCAUUGCUGGUGGCAUCAGAUAGACGAUGAUAUCGAGAAACCUGCUCCACAAUGUAAUAUAUGUCAAAUAGCGGGUACAAAUCCGAAUCAACAAUAUCACGAGUGGCCAAAACCGGAACGACCAUGGCAGCGAGUUCAUAUAGAUUUUGCUGGGCCAGUGUUCAAUUCUAUGUGGCUAAUAGUUGUUGAUGCUUUUUCACAGUUUCCAUUUGUGGUACAACUUAAGACUACCACCUCUAUGGAUGCUAUUGCAGCGUUAUCAACAAUUUUUUCGCUUGAAGGAUUACCUGAAACUAUAGUUAGUGACAAUGGGCCUCAAUUAACAUCUGAUCAGUUUACUGAAUUUUGUGUUCGGAAUGGUAUUGAUCAUGUUAAAACAGCACCAUUUUAUCGUGCAUCAAAUGGUCUUGCUGAAAGGUUUGUCCGCACAUUCAAAACAUCUGUUAAAAAAAAUGUUGAUGAUGGGUUGUCAUUGAAUUUGGCCUUAGUAAAAUAUCUAGCUACGUACCGUGCGAUUCCUAAUGCUGAAGGGAAGUCACCGGCAGAGUUGCUACACGGCCGAACUCCACGAACUUUGCUUACAUUAUUAUCAGCAUCAGUUAACAAGUAUAAAACCGUAAAGUGUUCAACUAAAUUUUUGCCAAAUAAAAAGGUAUAUGUCAGACAUUAUGGUCGAGAUCCGAAAUAG